AUGAAACAUUUGAGCAUUCAAUCUGACUGUGGUGAAAGACACAAAAGACAAGAUAACAUCUUGAGCGUUGGUAAAGUGCGGCUAGUUAUGGAACAACAUGAUAAAAUUGUCGAAACAAGACAAUGGUUAGGAGGGGAAGAAAGAAUUGGAGAACAAAUACGAAAUACAAAUUUCGCGCUUUUCUAA